UAAUGAUACUAAUCGACUCGGAACAUUGCUAAUAUAUCGUGGCAAAAUGCAGCCUCUACUUCGAGUUGCAAUUAUCGGAGGGGGACCAGGCGGUCUGACACUAGCGCGGCUUUUACAGAAGCACAGUGUGGCUUGCACUGUCUUCGAAAAAGACAAAGAUCGGAAUUCUCGCCAGCGCGGUGGCUCGCUCGACCUUCAUCCACAGUCCGGACAACGUGCGCUCCGCGAAGCUGGUCUCUGGGAGCACUUCAACCAACACGCGCGAAGAGAAGCAGAGACACUGCGAAUUUUUAGCCCCCAAGGCGAGAAGCUACUUGACGAGAGCAGUGGAGAGGGUGGGCGACCGGAAGACUUCAACGACAGACCAGAGAUAGACAGAAGGGAUCUUCGGCGCAUCCUUUUGGAUUCUUUGAAAGAAGGCACCGUGAAAUGGAAUUCAAGGCUGAGUGGGAUUGGGGAAGCCGCGGAUGGGAAACUGCAUUUGGAAUUCGCAGAUCGCACAGAGAAGGGAUUUGAAGUGGCUAUCGGCGCCGAUGGGGCUUGGUCGAGCGUCCGAUCGAGAGUGACGGAGCAAAAGCCCUUGUACUCGGGCAUUGGUGGUCUUGAAUGCUUCAUCUCAGCGGCAGACUCCAGGAAACCUUACCUGGCCGAGCGAGUCGGCAAGGGGAUGUGUUUGACACUAGGAAAGGAGCGCGGCAUCAUGGCCCAGACCAACAGCAACGGUAUACAAAUCUAUGCCUUCGCUCGUAUACCAGAAGCAUGGCACACAGAUGGCGGCAUCGACCUGACGGCUCCAGAAGCCAAGCAGCAUGUAAUUGAUGCUCUGUAUCCAGACUGGGAGACUACCUGCCAGCGUUUGGUGCUUGAAAGCGAUAUAGAGACGAAGGCCCGGCCGCUCUAUAUGCUGCCUGUCGAUUUCGAGUGGUCGCACAACCCUCGGAUCACGCUCAUGGGGGAUGCUGCUCACCUGAUGACACCCUUCGCGGGCGUGGGGGUUAAUGUAGCCAUGGAGGACGCCAUGGAGCUUUGUGCGGCUAUAAUUGAAGCCAGGGACAAGGGCACGCCGGUAGCUGGGGCGUUGCGGGAAUACGAGGUCAAGAUGUGGAAGAGAGCACACGAAACAGCUGAACUGAACAUGAUGUACCAAGGGCUAUUUUUCCAUGAGCGAGGCGGGGUUGCGAUGGUGGAGCACUUUGAGGAACAGAAGCGGGCAGAGGCACAUGUGUGA